AUGGCGGAGCCCAGACGCAUGCGGCCGUCGACGUUCCGGUGCACCGCGGCGACGGUGCUGGCGCUGCUGCUGGUGGCCUUCAUCAUCGUCCUCCUGUGGCUCUUCCUCCACCCGUCCAAGCUCUACCUCUCCGUCGACCACGCCGCCACGACGGGGUUCAACUUCACGGCCGCCGGCGGGCUGGCGGGCGCGUUCGACCUCACCCUGCGCGCCUUCAACCCGAACGAGCGAGCGAGCGUGUACUACCGCUGGGUCGACGUCGGGGUCUGGUACAACAGCACGUACCUCGCGGGCGCGCACGCGCCGGGCUUCUUCCAGCCGCCGGAGGACGAGACCCGCGUCGACGUGGUCGCGCGGGCGGCGCCGGACGCCUGGACGCUGCCGCGGGACGUGGAGGAGGGCAUGAAGAAGGAGCGCACGGCGGGGAAGCUGACGGUGGACGUGCACGUCGUCGCCAAGGUGCGGUUCCGGUACGGCGUGGCGAGGACGCGCAAGUACACCGUCCGCGCCAGCUGCCCCGCGGUGCCCAUCGACUUCGCGUCGCCAACCUCGUUCCACCGGGUGAACUGCCACGUGCACAUAUGA